AAAUCGUUUUACACGGAAAAUAUUUCACACCCAACCAAACAGAUCCUAAACGAGUAAGCAUAAGAGGUGACAUCAGGAUACUCUCCUCACGAGGGGACUAUGUAAUGAGUUCGACUUAAGAUUCGUACAAAGUCGUGGUAGCAACACUAGCAAGGGCAGGUUAAUGCCAAAACUGACAACGGUGUCAAGCUUGUAGCUCAAGUAGAUGCCUCUUUAUUUGUUGUUGUUGUUGCUCAUUGCUUAAGUGAGUAAUCCAACCAGCAGAAAAAAGCAUAGCAACCAGCACAAUAACCAUACAUAUAAUAAUACUCAAUUUGGGGAAAAGGAAGAAGCUGUUGGGGGAAAGAGACACUGAACUUUUAAAUAUACCAAAUUUCAAUGUGUGUAUAAAAAUUAAAUUUUAGUUGAAAGAGACCUGGAAGAUCACCCAACAUCCCAUUAAAAAAAAGGGGGGAGAAAAAAAUAUAGGAGAGAGAAAGGGAAAGGAAGAAGAGGAAGAAAAGAACAUACAAGUAUGAACUAACCUUAAGCACAAAGCUUUAGCUACACCACACCUACUUCUGUUCAGUCUUUUCUUUUAAGCAAAAAUCUCAAACCCUUCCCAUCAGAGAAUCACACCAUCUUUUUCAGAGAAGCAUUAUUUCCACCUUUUUUGGCCCUCUAAUUUCAGUGCCUAAACAAAACCCAAAAAAAAAAAAAAAAACUUCCUGGACUGAGCUAAGCUUAGCCCCAUUCACCUUAAAGGGUAAAAAAUAAAAACUCGAUGGGGUCGAUUCAGACUCCGAUACCAGUUCGAAGUUCAGGGUUACUCGAGAAUUCAUGUGGGUAUCUGCUUCAAGAAUUGCAGAUGAUAUGGGAUGAAGUUGGAGAAGAUGAACUCGAAAGGGAGAAGGUCUUACUUGACAUUGAACAGGAGUGUCUGGGAGUCUACAGGAAGAAGGUUGAUUAUGCUAACAUGGCGAGAUCACGUCUGCAUCAGGAACUGGCUGAAUCUGAGUCUGAGUUUACUCAGCUUCUUCUGUCACUUGGUGAAAGGUCUCUCCCUGAGAGGCCAGAGAACAGGGCAGGGACACUGAGACAACAGAUAGAUUCAAUCACCCCAUCCUUAAGGGAUAUGAGGCUAAGGAAAAGAGAGAGAAUGAACCAGUUCCAAGCAGUUCACGGGCAAAUACAGAAAAUAAAAGCAGAGAUAGCAGGUCUUUCAGAAUAUGAUGACUCUACGUCAGCUUUGAAAGUUAAUGAGAAUGAUCUCUCACUGAAGAAACUUGAGGAAUACCAAGCAGAGCUUAAAAAACUCCAAAACGAGAAGAGCAACAGACUCCAAAAGGUGGAAAGGUAUACAGGCCAAAUACACGAUCUGGCUGCAUUACUGGGAGUGGAUUCCUCGAUGACUAUUACAAAGAUUCAUCCAAGCUUAAACGAGUUGUGUGGUAUAGCCAAGAAUAUAAGUGACAACAUUUUGGCUAAACUUGAGGACACUGUGAAGUCUCUAGAAGAAGAAAAGAAGAAGCGCAUUGAGAAGCUUCAUCAUUUAGGAAAAGCAUUGUUAGACAUGUGGAAGCUUAUUGAUACACCAGAAAAAGAGCGCCAGCAGUUUUUCCAUGUUGUUAACUUAUUGGUAGUCCCAUCUGAAAAAAUAACUAAACCUGGAAGCCUGACCCCUGGCAUAAUCCAACAGGCUGAGACUGAAGUAAAGAGACUAGAUGAACUAAAAGCAAGCAAGAUGAAAGAGCUGUUCCUCAGAAAACAGUUUGAGCUUCAAGAAAUAUGCAGUAGAUCACAUAUGGAAAUUCCUUCUCCAUCUGAAAUGGAAAACAUUACGCAACUUGUAGACUCAGGGACAAUGGACCUUGUCCACCUCCUCAAUAGCAUGGAUGAACAGAUUGCUAAAGCAAAAGAAGAAGCUUCCAGCAGGAAAGCUAUAAUGGAGAGAGUGGAUAAGUGGAUUUUGGCACGUGAUGAAGAACGGUGGUUAGAAGAAUAUAACAGGGAUGAAAACCGAUAUUCCGUCAGCAGAGGUGCUCACAGGAACCUAAAACGUGCAGAAAGAGCCCGAGUUACAGUCACCAAGAUCCCAGCUCUAAUAGAUAUGUUGAUCUCAUGGACUAGAGAAUGGGAAGAAGAAAGACAUAAAGUAUUUUUAUACGAUGAGGCACCUCUUCUAGCUAUGUUGGAAGAAUACAUUGCAUUGCGGCAGGAUAAGGAAGAUGAGAAGCAAAGACAAAGGUUAGAAAAGAAAAAAGUAGCGGCUGGACACAAUAAUCUCUCAUUGAGCCCCAGACCAGGCACCAGCGCUCGACGUAUCCCAAACAGGAACUUAAAUGGUAGUUUCAGCAAUGCGUCCCCUACAAACAGGAACUUGAAUGGAAGUCCUUCAAACAGGAGAUUAUCAUUGGGCGCACAACAAGCAGGAACGAACAGCUUCAACCCGCGGAGUCUAGGGACAUCGUUCAUGCAGGAAGGAACAAAACCAUUAAGACAUCCAAUGUAUGCUCAAUCCGAAUAUGCUACUCAUCUAAGAGAUGAAACAGCUUCAGUUGUGUCCACCUUUUCUGGGCCCUUAUCUCCUGAAAUCUGAAAGCACUCACAGGAAGAACAUAAUAGUGUGUAAUAUAGCGUAGAUCUGAGAGUUUUGUGCAAAAAUAACAUCAGAUAUUCUGAUUACCCCCCCCCCCCCCCCCCAAUUCUUCCCAAAUACUUUUGUAAAGUGCCCUGCAUUCAUCAGGAGGAAACGUAUGCAGUGUUUCAAUAGACCAGUGUGUGUAAUAUAGAGCUUUCUCUUAU